UCUUCUCCCAUGCGGAGGUAUUUCGUGCCUGCUGGGUCGGAGCUGUCCUUUUCAGCACCACGGAGGUGCCACUCUCACGCCCGAAGACCGUACGUGUUACCGCGCAGCAGCACCCCAAACCCGGCCGGGAUUCCAGGGACUCCCCCGGUGACGGAGCCUCGGGGAUCACGUUAGCUUUUCGGUCAUGGCGCAUAUCGGUUGACGGUGUGAGAGGGUAAUAACCAGAAAGGGCACCGGGGGAAAUCUUGGCUGGAAACAAGCAUCGCGUUGGCUGCCGGGAAACCCCUUCAUGUGCGUUUAUAGCCGACGCGGACAUCGGGCGUUUUAACCAUAACCUGGAGUCAGAGACAAGACGACCCGACGAAUCCACAAGUUCCCCGGGAGCCCAUGGAGGUGGCGGGCUGUCUGCAUGCAGGAGGACCGUGAUACGAUCGUUAUAUUCACAGGACCUGUUACCUUCGAAUCUGAAUAGCGCACUCUCAGCAUGACAGGACAGAGUCUAGAGGAGCUGAACGGGUCUCAUUUUGAGGACAAUGCGAUACGCAUAAACGUCGGAGGAUUCAAGAAAAGACUCCUGUCUAAUAUGCUGUCUCGAUUCCCGGAGACGCGACUGGCUCGUUUGUUGCGAUGCCAGUCCAAGGAAUCAAUUUUAGAAUUGUGCGACGAUUACGAUGACAUGGAGAAAGAGUUUUACUUCGACAGAAAUCCGGCGCUGUUUCCCUACGUCUUGAAUUUUUACAAUACUGGUCGGCUUCACGUCAUGGCAGAACUGUGUAUUUUUUCCUUCAGUCAAGAAAUUGAGUACUGGGGCAUCAAUGAGUUCUUCAUCGACUCUUGUUGCAGCAAUGCAUAUCACUGCAGGAAAAUGGAACCUGGUCGAGAAAACUGGGAUGAGAAGAGCGAGGAGGGAAGCACAGCUUCUUCCUUUGAUGAAAUUUUAGACUUUUACACCGACGCCACUAAGUUUGAUAAACAGCCGCUUGGGAGUGUGAGACGGAGGAUCUGGCUGAUGUUGGACAAUCCUGGGUACUCCAUCGCCAGCCGGAUAAUCAGCAUCUUAUCCAUUCUGGUCGUGCUGGGCUCCAUCGCCACCAUGUGCAUGAACAGCAUGACAGAGUUCACAUUGCAUGACAGCGAGGGCCAGCCCCUCGAGGACCCGCGGUUUGAGACCAUAGAGCAUUUUGGAAUAGGCUGGUUCACCUUUGAACUGAUCGCCCGGUUCGUGGUGGCUCCAGACCUGUUGCAUUUCUUCGAGCACCCGCUGAACCUCAUUGACCUGGUGUCGAUCAUGCCCUUCUACUUGACCCUCGUCAUAAACAUGGUGGCGGAGAGCAGUCCUGCUCUGGCCAACCUGGGGCGUGUCGCCCAGGUACUGAGGCUGAUGAGGAUCUUCCGAAUCCUUAAACUGGCCCGUCAUUCCACGGGACUGCGGUCCCUUGGGGCCACGCUGAAAAACAGCUACAAGGAGGUGGGCCUUCUGCUGCUCUACCUGGCUGUGGGAGUCUCGUUCUUCUCCGUUAUGGCCUACACCAUCGAGAAAGAGGACAACGAAGGGCUAACCACCAUCCCCGCCUGCUGGUGGUGGGCGACCGUGAGCAUGACCACCGUGGGCUACGGAGACGUGGUCCCAGGAUCGAUAGCGGGAAAGCUGACCGCGUCAGCCUGUAUCCUGGCCGGCAUCUUGGUAGUCGUGCUUCCGAUCACUCUCAUAUUCAACAAAUUCUCGCAGUUCUACAAAAGACAGAAGCAACUGGAGAUCGCCAUGAGGAGCUGCGAUUUCGACGAGGGGAUCAAGGAGGUCCCGUCGGUCAAUCUGCGAAACUAUUACGCGCACAAGGUGAAAUCCCUGAUGGCGAGCUUAUCUAACAUGAGCAGGAGCUCUCCCAGUGAACACAGUCUAAACGAGUCCAUAAAUUAAAGGGAACCUAUAAAAUGAAGCUAGGGAAACAGAAUUACAUUACUCUGCCUCUGAAUAGGGAAAACAUGUACGAAUAAUUACCAUCAAUGUUAUAUACUGCUAAAGCAUUGCAUGAAGAGUUGUCUGGUACAGUGUUAGCGGGUUUGGUAAUUAACCAUCACACGUUAGUUUGUGUUAGUCACAGUUAGCCUUCCCAAUGUGCUUGUCCUGCCGGUGCUUCCCAAGAACCACUGUGCAUCAGUAACUUUACUCUCCAAAGCGUAACCAAGAGGUGUAGUUUAAAAAAAAACCUCACACCCCCGCAGUGCAUGGUGGAGAGGAAGUAGUGUGCCAUUACACAGGAAGUGAUGCGGCAUUACAGCCGUGACUCGAGGUCAUGGUGCUGAUGUGUACAUGAGUAUUUGUCCUUCUGGGUUUUCACUCGACAUAAGCCUCCAUGUGUCUGUGAAACAUUUCUCCUGGCAAGGAGUUUGAUGUUUGAAUGCUGUAUUGAGACAUAAAAAAAAAAAACUUACAGUGUUUUGGGAAAACAUCUAUAUGGAACAAGUCUGUCCUUGGACAGAUUAAUACGAUUUAUUUUCACAAAGAAAAUGUUACACAACAUGUCGUAAAUUUUAAACAGAUUGGCAGCGUUAACUGACCAACAAGCUGACUAAUAUAAAGUGUUGAAUUAACACUAUCAAUUUGCUGUGUAAUAACACGUAACGUCUGGUUAUAUGUAUGUUUGUGUGUGCAUGUAUGUGUAUCAAAUACUAUAUUUUUGAGUGUGAUUUGUCAUGUUUUAUAACUAUUAAAAUGUAGAUGAAAUGUUUCAAUAAUUUAA